AUGGCUUCCUCUCAGGACAAUUUCGUGUCCAAAACCAAUCCCGAUCCCUAUGAUCAGAUCAUCGUGCUCUCGCAGAAGGUGAUAAAUGCAGGGUUCAAGAACAUGUGGAAGCUUGCCCAGGGAGAUGACGAUAGUCCGUUGACACACUUUAAGAAGAGCAUUCACGGGGAGUAUAUUGAAGCUGAUGUCGGGAUCCCUUCCGUGAAGCUCCAUGUCGAAAGUCGGGAGCCCAUGUUAUAUUUUCUAUUGGCCUUGAAGAAUGGUGAAAUGGCUGUGUACGAGAGUGAUGAUUCCGACACACUCUUCAAAUGGGAUAUCAAGGACUGGGUCCUCGCGUUCAACGUGGUUAUUAACCAGAAGAAGAUCACCAAGGACUCGGAGGAAUAUAGAAAGUUUAAGGAGCGUGCAGGGCUUCCCGAGUCGAACUUCUCUCUCGCGCAGCUCUUUAUUGAUGCGUCAUCUAGCACGAAAUUCAACCCGGAUUUGACCAGCUUUGGCGAGCACAAUUUGAAUGAAUUGACCCCGGCGGCAAAAGCCAGCGUCCUUCAAUUCAUCGAUCACUGGAUCAAGGUCAUGUCCGAAAGCGGCAGUAGCAUACUAGGGUAUUCGGCCCAACGUGAACAAGUCAAUGGCGGUGAUGAGCUGGAUGGAAGUGGGGCGAAUAAGGAUGACCAGGACAGCAAUGCUCUGGCCUAUCUCUUGAUGUCCGAUUUUAAGAACCCCCCGGCAGAGGGCUCCAUUCAAUAUAGUGGGCCGUGGGUCGAUGGCGAUGACCGAGUGGCCUCCUUCUGUAUGAACCGAGCUUUGUUCUGGAACUGGAUGCUGCCUAUAGCCAGGCAGGUGGUUGUGGCAAUGACACCGGUGCCAGAGACUCCAUAUGUCAGCUAUGCGGGGACACCGCCAGACAUGCCCUGGCGGACCAGGCCCAGAUAUCAUAUUGGGGAUACCAAUGCUUCUGCCAAUGACUACAAAUGGGUACCAAACCCCUCUGGCGGGUGGUCAACGAGCAUGCCCAUGAAAUUCACAUGGGACAAAGUCACUGUUCCCCAUAACUCGAAUGACUGGAUGAUCGGGGAGGAAUGGGGUGAUAAUACUCAAGCCACCGUCUCUUUCGGUGCCGGAACUGAAAGACUGACGGUGAAGGGGGGAAGUAAGUUCAGAUAUCAAAUCGAUCAUCACAGAGAUGGUAUGAGUGGUACGAGGCAAGUUUUCUGGGUGGAAGUAUUCACCGACUGGCGACUCUCUAUCGACAUGACAUCUAUUGAAGAGGGUGGAAUCGUCUUUCAUCCAAAGGAGAACAAUAACGAAGAUGUGAAAGUCGCCUAUAAGGAGUAUGGGGACAUGAAAAUGGAGAGUACUGCGCAGGAUCUUGCUGAGAGCAUUGCCGAUGAUGUCAAGCAAAACAUGACGGCUGCUCUGGAAAGCGUGAGUGAAACACUGUCCCAGGCGAUGGCCAAUGCAAACCGCCUGUGUCUCCCUGCGGCCGGCACUUUCUUCAUGAAAGACCCUGUUUUCAACGAGGGCGGUGAUCUGCUGGUCAAACUGGAAUAUGAUGGGGCGGAUCCUCCACCGCCACCAUCCAAGGGAAAAUACAGAUUCCGUCCACCCAUGGUGACGGCUUCCGUCCGUCGCAUGGAUUCUUAA